GGCCCCGAGGCUCCGCCCAGCACCUGGCUUUCCGGCCCGGGAGGUGUGAACUCCCGGCCUCUAGUGACCCCGGGGUCCGCGCACCCCAGCACCAUGGACCCGGCGGCUGCCGCGCAGGCGAGCGAGGCGGUCGCGGCUAAAAUGCUCCAGUACCGGCAAGACGCUUCCGGCUGGAAGACUUGCCGGGAAGGCCAUGGAGUUACAAUUUCCUGGAGGCCAUCCGUGGAGUUUGCAGGGAGCCUGUACCGAGGAGAGGGCGUUCUGUGUGGUACCCCAGAGGACGUGUGGGAUUGUGUAAAGCCAGCUGCUGGGGGCCUACGAGAGAAAUGGGAUGAAAAUGUGACCAGUUUUGAAGUUAUCGAAAGCAUCACAGAUAUGCUGUGCGUGAGCAGGACCUCCACCCCCUCGGCUGCCAUGAAGCUCAUUUCUCCCAGGGACUUUGUGGACUUGGUGCUGGUCAAGAAAUACGAGGAUGGCACCAUCAGCUCCAAUGCUACCCAUGUGGAACAUGAGCUGUGUCCCCCAAAGCCAGGAUUUGUGAGAGGAUUUAACCAUCCGUGUGGAUGCUUCUGCGAACCUCUGCCAGGGGAGCCUGGCAAGACCAGGCUGAUCACAUUCUUCCAGACAGACCUCAGCGGCUACCUGCCGCAGAGCGUGGUGGACUCCUUCUUCCCACGCAGCAUGGCCGGCUUCUAUGUCAACCUUCAGAAAGCAGUGAAGCAGUACCACAGCUGAGCUUUCACGUGAGAGCUGGUGGAGGUCCGCCCUGGUGCACAAGGAUCUGGCUUCUGCUCUGUGGGAUACUUGGUGGGCAGCGAGACUCUGAGUGCCAGCCAUGGGCAGCAGGUGCUCCUCUUCCCUCUGUUUCAGCUCUGCCUAGGAUCCAAGCAUACUGCUGGGUGGACCCAGGCUCUUGGUCACCCAACAGGAACUCAGCUGGGUACUGGAUGACACCCCAUGGCCCAAAGCCCUAAUGCUAACCCCUCCCGGAGUCCAUGUGCUGUGUCCUAGAGAGCCGUGACCAGUACUGAACACUGUGUCCUGCUGGGUGUCCUGCACCUGUGUCUCCCCCACACUGUACUGUAAGCUCUGACUCUGGUCUGUGUUAAUACUGCACAAGAUUCCCCUCUUAAUGUCCACUUGGGAAAUGAUAAUUUAAACAAUGAGAUAAGCCUUAAGGGAAGUACUUCAGGAA